UCUGUGUUCUACAGCAGCCACACACACACAGUGGUAUCUGGGAAUACUUUUGUGGACUCAAAGAUUUUCUACCUGAGAGGCAUAACGCAGGCCAGCUGAUUCAUCAGAAUCAGGAAACUGGGCAUCUCUGUGGUCCCUGAGCAUCCCAGGAGGCGGAUUGUACAGAGACCUCUGGUCGCUGACCUCAGUCUCCCUCCACAUCCCUGGAAUAGCCCAUCAUGGGCCUUUCACCCUUGGCAGGUGGACAUCAUUCAACCUGCUGGGGCAGGAUGGUAAUCAUAGAGGAUGCAGAUAGUUUGUGGGCACAGGAGCGAGAGAAUAUCAUCGUGAACUAUGAGAAGGGACACCGAGCUGGGCUGCUAGAGGACAUGGGGCCUGAGCCUGUUGGAAUCUACAACAACAUUGAUCGCUUCGGGAUUCUGCAUGAGACAGAGCUGCCUCCUGUCACUGCUUGGGAGGCGAAGCAAAUGCGGCGGGAGAUAACACGAAAGAGCAAGUGGAUGGAAAUGCUGGGACAGUGGGAGACAUAUAAGAACAGUAAAAAGGUCCAGCCCGAGGUUGCUGUUAGGCCAGAGGUGCGGGGCCCAUCUAGGGAGCAGGUGGGAAUGGAGACUGGCCAGGUCAGGUCCCUGGGCUCUCAGCAGUUCUGUCCAAAAGUUAGCACUAGAGGAGCGGGGCAGCCUGAGUGUCUGACCAUGUCCACUUGGAGACAAUCCCAGCAGCGGGAACUCUUCUACAUCCUCCUGGCAUAUUCGGAGUAUAACCCGGAGGUGGGCUACUGCAGGGACCUGAGCCACAUCGCAGCCUUGUUCCUCCUUUAUCUGCCUGAGGAGGAUGCAUUCUGGGCACUGGUGCAGCUGCUGGCCAGGGAGAGGCAUUCCCUGCAGGGAUUCCACAGCCCAAAUGGCGGGACAGUCCAGGGGCUCCAAGACCAUCAGGAGCAUGUGGUCCCCAUGUCACAACCCAAGACCAGGUGGCAUCUGGACAAGGAAGGUUUUUGCGCGCAGGAUUCCUCGUUAGGCUGGCUUCUCCAGAUGUUGAAUGACGGGAUCUCUCUUGGGAUCAUCCUGCGCCUGUGGGACGUGUAUUUGCUGGAAGGAGAACAGGUGUUGAUGCCGAUAACAAGCAUUGCCUUUCAAGUUCAGAGGAAGCUCCUCAUGAAGACAUCCGGGUGUGGCCUGUGGGCACGGUUUCGGAACGUGUUCUUCCAUACCUGGGAGUUGGAUGAUGACUCUGUGCUCAAGUAUCUUAAGGCCUCUAUGAAGAAACUAACAAGGAAGCAAGGGGACCUGCCACCCCCAGCCAAACCCGAGCAAGGGUCCUCAGCAGCCAGGCCUAUGCAGGCUUCACGUGGCAGGAAGACCCUCUGCAAGGGGGACAGGCAGACCCCUCCAGGCCCACCAGCCCGGUUCCAGUGGCCCAUUUGGUCAGCUUCCCCGCCAUGGGCACCUUGUUCUUCUACACCCUGUCCCGGUGGGGCUGUCCGGGAAGACACCUACCCUGUGGGCACUCAGGGUGUGCCCAGCCCGGCCCCAGCUCAGGGAAGACCUCAGGACUCCUGGAGAUUCCUGGAGUGGAACUCGAUGCCCCGGCUCCCAAUGGACCUGGAUGUAGGGGGCCCUUGGUUCCCCCAUUAUGAUUUCGAACAGAGCUGCUGGAAUGGCACCGUAUCCCAGGUAGACCAGCUGGCCACCUGCUGGCAGGCGGAACACCCUGCGGAGGGGGUGAGAUUGGCUUUCACUGCACUGAGCCACACUGUGGACAUGGACUUCCAGCCCUGCACUGCACCCAGCACUGAUUCCAACCAGGACACCCCCUUCACAGCUAGGGACGAGAAGCAGCGCGCUCCCACCUCAGGGCCUUGCCUCUUCCUCUACUUGGAAAGUUCUCAGUUCCCUCCAGGCUUCUAGAAGCAUCUGGGGCAGGGCUCAUGGCUGGAUAACUUCCCGAGGCUUAACAACCCAAGAAAGCUUCACAUCCUCGUUUUAUUUUUUAUUAAACUUAUGAAAAUUUAUUAAGAAAGUGUGCAGCUCGAAAGACCUUCACAGAUGGAACACACCAGCCCCCAGAUCACAAAGCCAAGCAUGCCCAGCCCCUCCCAGCACCCCCAGCCCCGUGACCAGCGUUCUGAAUUCUGACGACACCGUGAGCCUGCCUUUGUACUUCACACUCAUGGAAGGAUAACCACAUUCAUGUUUUAAAAUAAAUGUUUCCUGUUGAAAUGA